UGUCUCGUCCACGUCCACGUUGCCCGUGACGUUUUCGGUUGGCGAUCUCGGAAAGUGGGUGUCGUUUUCAUCAGCCGUCCGUCGGUCUACGUAAAAACGAGAAUAUUGUGCCACGUUUAACGGUAAGGCGGAGUCGCAGACGGGAUAUCUCGGCGGAUCACCCUCGGGGAGUCAUGCAUUGAUUUUGACUCAAUAGGCCACCGCUAUCCUCUGUCAAGAUGAUAGGGGGUCUGUUUGUUUACAACCACAAGGGGGAGGUGCUUAUCUCUCGAGUGUAUCGGGAUGAUAUUGGACGCAACGCAGUGGAUGCGUUUCGCGUCAACGUCAUCCACGCGCGACAGCAAGUACGCUCGCCUGUAACCAACAUUGCCAGAACAUCGUUUUUUCAUAUAAAGCGCGCUAACAUCUGGCUAGCUGCCGUCACCAAACAAAAUGUUAACGCAGCUAUGGUAUUUGAGCUGCUACUGAAGAUUAUAGAUGUUAUGCAGUCGUAUUUUGGCAAAAUUUCAGAAGAGAACAUCAAGAAUAAUUUCGUCCUUAUUUACGAGCUGCUUGAUGAAAUACUUGACUUUGGAUAUCCACAGAAUUGUGACACAGGAGUGCUGAAAACGUUCAUCACUCAACAAGGUGUAAAAUCAGCCACUAAGGAAGAACAAGCUCAAAUAACAUCACAAGUUACCGGACAGAUUGGAUGGAGGCGAGAGGGCAUCAAGUACAGACGUAAUGAGCUCUUCUUAGACGUGCUUGAAUAUGUGAAUCUGUUAAUGAGUCCUCAGGGUCAGGUUCUCAGCGCUCAUGUUGCUGGAAAGGUGGUAAUGAAAUCCUACUUAUCUGGUAUGCCGGAAUGUAAGUUCGGGAUUAACGAUAAAAUCGUUAUGGAAGCUAAGGGGAUGAAAGGUGGUGGCGGGUUGGGAGGUGGUGGUGAUGAUCCUACUGGCGCUAGAUCCGGCAAACCCGUUGUCGUUAUUGAUGACUGCCAAUUCCAUCAGUGCGUUAAGCUUAGCAAAUUCGAGACCGAACAUUCCAUUAGUUUUAUACCACCGGACGGCGAAUUCGAGCUGAUGAGAUAUCGUACUACGAAGGAUAUAUCAUUGCCUUUCCGAGUGAUACCAUUAGUGCGUGAGGUGGGCCGAACGAAAAUGGAGGUCAAAGCAGUUCUGAAAUCAAACUUCAAACCUUCAUUGCUGGGGCAGAAGAUAGAGGUGCGCGUACCGACGCCGUUAAACACUGCCGGCGUGCAGUUAAUAUGUUUGAAGGGCAAGGCGAAAUACAAAGCGUCAGAGAAUGCAAUUGUCUGGAAGAUCAAGCGUAUGGCCGGCAUGAAGGAGACACAGCUGUCCGCCGAGAUCGAUCUGCUAGAGACGGACACGAAGAAGAAGUGGACGAGGCCACCGAUAUCAAUGAAUUUCGAGGUGCCAUUUGCGCCAUCCGGCUUCAAAGUGCGCUACUUGAAAGUUUUCGAGUCUAAAUUGAAUUACUCCGAUCAUGACGUAAUAAAAUGGGUUCGUUAUAUAGGGCGCAGUGGCUUAUAUGAGACGCGAUGUUAAUGAUUCCGAGUCUCGAUAUCGAGGCAUAAAUAAUUGUAAAGAAGUAAUCUCAAUGCGAAAGUUACGACUACGAGUAUCCAUAUUUCUCGUUAUUAUUUCAUUGUAGCGCAUAUUCAAAGCAAUGAUCUGAAAUUGUUUGGGCUAAUUAAUUUCGAAUUGUGCACGAUACGGAGCAGAAUUACGGAGGAUAAUGUAUCGAAAAAUUCCAUUGUUAGCACAAAAUUUCUGUAUAACUGCAGGAAUUUUUUUUCUGUAUAUUAUACAGUGUACUAGCAAGAGUCAUUCAUUUUUAUUUGUUAGAUAAAAAUCGAUCCCAACUUGUGUAAAAAGUUAUUAAGUGAAUAUCAUGAUAAUUACCAAGCAGAUUAUUUUUUUGUGCCAAUUUUUCGCAUUGUUCAUUUUUUUCGUAUUGAUUUUUAGCCGCGCCAAUGAAUGAUAUGGGAUAUAAUUAGAUCUUGUUAAUUUUUUAAAUGAAAAAUUUAUUAUCGGAGAUUAUAAUAAUUAAGUAUGAUCAUGAAUGUUGUUUGUAUGUAUUUACUCAAUCCACCUAAUGGGAUUUUUAUUUUCUUUUGCUUUGUUUUUGUGCCGGAACGAUCAUUGUAAGUUUUUAAUAUUAUAUAAUUACAAGUUAAGUAAUUAAAUAAUUAUCUCUGGAAUUAAUAUUGGAAUGAUCUAUAUUCAAGAAAUACAAGUACAUUUGUAGAUUUUUAACUAUACACGAAUGUUUUUUCAGAACACGUUAUGAAUUUUUUUAUUGUGUAUAUAUAUAUAUAUAUAUAUACACACACGCGAAUUUAAAAUAUUUUUUACUAUUCGUUUUUUUGUGUAAUAGUGUAUGGCGUUAUGGUCUCUUUGGCACUGGAGUUUAAACAGAAGUAAACAAAUCUAUAUGCUGUGGAUCAUUUAGUGCAAGCUAGCAAUGCGCUCAAUGAAAUGUAGAAUCCUAUUAAUCUGUUAUCUGUGCAUGAGAAUAAGAGUAGAAAGGCAUAUAUUGAUUGAUUGUACGAGCGUGAUUGAUUUUGUCUCUCUAAAAAAAACCGCUCGAAUGCGUAAUGAAAUAUAUGUGAAAUAUAUAAAAUAUAUAUAAUAAAUUAUCCAGUG